UGCCUCUUCUUGCUUUCCAAAAAUUUUAUAUAUAUAAAAAAAGACUGUUAAGUUCAACUUCCUAUUUCUUAAUCUUCCCCGUGAAUUCAGUUUGAAUUUAGAGUUUUGGAUAUGUCUGUGGUUAUAGACGCUCUUGUUGGCGGCGCAAUCGAGGCACUGUUAGAUACUGUCAUAGAAAUCAAGGAGAAAAAUGAUAAGUUUAAACCCUCGUUAGAAAAAUUGGAGACAACAUUGAAAUCACUCAAACCUUUUAUCAAACAGAUAGAAGGCAUCGACGCGAAACUGGAUCGGCCGAAAUCGGAAACAGAGAGGUUGAUCAAGAGGAUGGAGAGUGGCAAGAUCCUCGUUCUCAAGUGCUCUAAACUCCAAUGGUGGGAUUGCUGUGGUAAAGCGAAUCGCCAAGAGGAACUUGAAGAGCUCUACGAUUCGAUUUGCGAGUUCUUUAAAUUGGAGCUGCAAGCAAUUAAUACGAGGGAUGUGAAGGAGGCGCUGGUUGGAGUUAGAGAUAUUCAGGGUGGGGUUAGGGAAAUUCAGGUUGAGAUUGGGAAAUUGAGUAAAAUGGUUCCAAGAAAUGAGAGAGUUGAAUUGAGAGGUGUGUGUUCACCUCCUAAACCCCCUGCGUUUAUUGUUGGGUUUGAUGUUCCGUUGAAGCAGUUGAAGCUCAAGUUGAUGGAUGACCGGAUUGGUGAUCAUCCGGUGGUGCUCACGGUGACCGGAGCAGGCGGUUCCGGGAAGAGUACAUUGGCGAAAAUGCUUUGCUGGGAUGAUGAAGUUAAGGAUAAAUUCAACGACAACAUCUUCUUUGUAACAUUUGGAAAAAAGCCCAAGUUGAGCACCAUUGUGCAGAAACUAUUUCAGCACACUGGUUAUGAGACACUCGAGUUUCAAAGCGAUGAAGAAAUGCUUAACCAAAUAGAAAAUCUUCUGAAUCAGCUGGUUAGAAAAAAUCCAAUAUUGUUAGUACUGGAUGAUGUUUGGCCGGGAUCAGAAUCUCUGGUUGAUAAGUUUGAGUUCCAUAUACAAGAUUACAAGAUUCUAGUGACAUCAAGAGUCGUAAUCGGAAGAUUCGGAAAUCCAAUUGUCUUGAAACCCCUUGGAGAUGCAGAUGCCAUAAAGCUAUUUCAGCACUCGGCAUCUCUAAAUCAUAGCAGCUCCGAUGUUCCUGAUGAUGUCGUGAAAGAGAUAGUGAGAGGCUGCAGCGGUUCUCCUAUGGCGCUUAGAGUGAAUGGCAGAUCACUCAGUCAGCAGCAGCGGGUGGUUUGGCAAGAAAGGGCCAAAGAAUUAUCGAGAGGUGGUUCAGUUCUUCAUUCUAGCAGUGACGUGCUGGACAGUCUCCAAAAAUGCUUUGAUCUCUUGGAUCCUAUGGGCAUCGAGUGUUUCCAGGACCUAGGAUUAUUCCCCGAAGACCAACGGAUCCCUGCUGCUGCACUUGUUGAUAUGUGGACUGAGCUCUAUGGCGACGAUGACACAAGUGCAUUAGCGAAUAUUUAUAAACUAGUCAACUGGAAUUUGGCUGAUAUUGUUGUCACAAGGAAAGUUGAGAGUGAGACAGUAGACUAUAGCUACCACUAUGUCAUGCAGCAUGAUCUUCUUCGUGAGCUUGCAAUCCUUCAAACUAGCCAAAAACCAGAGGCAGAGAGGAAUAAACUGAUUCUCGACAUUAGUGGGAAUGACCUUCCAAAAUGGUGGACUACAGAGAAAGAGUAUCACAUUAAAGCUCGUGUACUAUCCAUAUCAACCGACGAAGUAUUCGCAACAGAAUGGUGCAACUUGGAGCCAUCUGAAGUUGAGGCUUUAGUGUUGAAUAUUCGAGCUGCAAAGUUCACCUUACCAAUGUUCAUGAAGAAAAUGAGAAAAUUAAAGGUUUUGAUAGUAUCAAAUUAUGAUUUCUUUCAAAUGGAAUUAAAUAAUUCCGAACUUCUUGGUUAUCUAUCCGAGCUUAAAAGAAUCAGAUUCGAGAAGGUUUCGGUUCCUUUCCUUGGCAAGGCUGGAAUUCAAUUGAAGAAUCUGCAGAAGAUAUCACUUUUCAUGUGCAAUGUGAAUGAAGCAUUUGAAAAUUGCACUACAGAAGUUUCAGAAAUGCUGCCAAGUUUAUUAGAGAUAAACAUUGAUUACUGCAAUAUGGUGGCACUGCCUAAUGGGAUCUCCAAUAUUGUCUCCUUAAAGAAGCUAAGCAUAACAAAGUGUCAUAAGCUUUCUCAACUUCCUGAAGGAAUAAAAAACUUGGUAAAUUUGGAAUCAUUAAGGGUUAGUUCAUGUGCCAGUUUAGCAGAGUUGCCAGAAUCAAUCACCAGGCUUCGUAACUUGAAACUUCUCGACAUCUCUGAAUGCAUAAGCAUUAGUAAUUUGCCAGAGAAAGUGGGCGAGUUAUGCAGUUUGCGAAAGCUUAAUGUGAGAGGUUGCUCCAAUUUAAGUGAGUUGCCAUCCUCAAUAAUGGACCUUGGUAACUUAAGGGAUGUGAUAUGUGAUGAAGAGACCAAGGAAUUAUGGGAAGACUUGAAAACCACCCUUAAUGGUCUUAAGAUAGAGGUGGUCCAAGCUGACAUCAACUUGCAUUGGCUACACCAUUAGAGUUAUGUUAUUUGAGAUGUAAUAAUAACAAUGUGGAUGCUGCACAUAAUUCUACCAAGAUUAGGUUGAAUCUGGUUAGGCAUAAACCUUUAAGUUAUAGAAAUGUAACACAACAAUUGGGUUUGGCAAGAAAAUAAAGAGGGAACAUAAUGAGAAUCCUUUUUUAUUGUAAUGUUUUUUGGGUUGAGAAAGAGGGAAGAAAGAGAGGGUGAAGUGAAGUUGUCCCCUUCAAAAUCUGGACAAGUUGAUGAUCUGGUUUAUUUGCACUCAUUUUUUGGAGUAAUUGAAUUUUGUAUUAUAAGUUUAAACAGAAAUUAAGAAAA